UGUGCUAUGUUGAUUGUUUUGAUUGUUUUCAUCAUCCAUUGCAGGGCAUCAUGGCCUGCUUCUUCAACAAGGGAGAAAACUGCAUUGCAGCAGGUCGUUUGUUUGUGGAGGCUUCCAUCCACGACGAGUUUGUUGCACGCGUGAUUGAGGAGGUAAAGAAGAUGAAGAUCGGUGACCCCUUUGACCGUUCAGUGUCCCAUGGACCUCAGAACCACGAGAAACAUUUGAAGUCGCUUCUGGACUAUGUGAAGCAAGGCCUUGAUGGCGGUGCAACACUUGUAUAUGGUGGCAAGCAGGUUGACAGACCAGGUUUCUUCAUGGAGCCAGCAGUGUUCACCGAUGUCACUGAUGACAACUUCAUUGCAAUUGAGGAGUCUUUCGGUCCAAUCAUGAUCAUCUCCAAGUUUGACGAUGGUGACGUUGAGGGUGUGCUUCGCCGUGCCAAUGCCACUGAGUAUGGUCUCGCCUCCGGUGUCUUCACGAAGGACAUUAGCAAGGCUAUGCUGGUGAGCGAGAGGUUGGAUGCCGGCACGUGCUUCAUCAACACUUACAACAAGACUGACUGCGCCGCACCGUUCGGUGGCUUCAAGCAGUCUGGCUUUGGAAAGGAUCUCGGCGAGGAAGCGCUGAACGAGUACCUCAAGACGAAGGCCGUCACGAUCGAGUACUAAUUCCAACACCGAGUGAUAAUGACUAUGGUACACAAUACCCUCGCACGUUUCAUUUUCUGAGCCAACAAAAAUGGGAUGUAUCUAGUAUCCGUAUUUUGCUUAUUUUUUUAACAACUAGUUUUAGCCUGCUGUGCUGCUUAGAGCUGUAUUGAAUACAUAUUAGUCUUCGUUCGUAGUCAUAGCGGCAUCUCUGCCUGUCCUGUGUCUUUUUAGGGCUGCUUUCCCCCUGCAUCAAACACAUCUGCCGUUUAGUUUCAUAUAUUUUCUUAUUCUUGCCGUUUUUGUUAUUUUUGCCUGCGAUGCAACAUUUCGAUUGUCUUCAAACUUAUUUCUAUCAAAGCCUGUACCCUGGGAAGUAUUUGUGGUUGCAGCCCGAAAUGGGUUCACCACCUUUUUUUUGUUAUGUCCUGAAACCUUUCUAUUUUCAAAUUCCUAUAAUUGUAGAAGUUCACCUGUCCACGGAGUUGUGAGAGCACUGCUGCCAUAUUGCUGUUAUGUGCCCGCCUCACUGUCUUUAAUAGUAGCAACUUCAGUAGAAGCUAUCACAGA